CGUUAUUCAACAAUUGUAGUUUAAGCACGAUCUACUAGUGCAAUGUAGUUGGUUUAUGUUACUGAACUAUGUUGGAUAAAGGCUUACUUAUUGUACUCUUGGUACUAACUUUAUACUACCAACCUGUCAUUGGAACAUUCCGCAAGCAUUUCUUGCAUCGAAAAAGGCAUGAACCACGAGAUCGUGAGGUGCUUCACUACUACCAAUUCCAGAAGAAUUUUAGCAGAGAUAAAUUGAUCCUGAACUGCUAUAAGUCUUCAGUCAGUGAUAGUUACCUUGGAGUGGUUUUGGAAAAAAAAGAGUGGCCUACAAAUCAGGUUUAUAUAUUUUCAUUGACUGGCAAUGGUAAGGAAUGUGAAGAUCUUUUUAAAAAAGGAAAACAUUUUCGUGUCAAAAUCAAUAAAACUCCGGACCAAUAUUCACCAUACAUAACUGUCAAUAGCUACGAGUAUGGUAUUUUGAAACAAAAAGAGGGCUUGGAAGGAUAUACAACUUUCACAUUUGACGGAAAAGUACGCGUGGAAAAGGACGGAUUUGUCACAGAAAACGUCGGAGAUACAAAUGAUGACAAUUGGAUUAUUCAUUCUGGUUUUUCCGAUAUGAUUAGUGAUGGAAACCCGAGGGAGGAUAACGAACCUGAAGUUCCUGAAUAUUUUCUACAUGUCGACCAGUUUUUACAUGUCGACCAGUUUUUAAAUGGAGAUAACCUCAAAUUGGAUUGCUUCAAGAGUCAAUACAGUGACCUGUUUCUUGGAGUCAUCUCUUACGACAAAGGAGAUAAUGAACCAAUGCAUAUGUUCUCGAUCACCGUGAAAGCACAGACGUGCAAAGAUUUGUUUGCCGAAGGAAGAUAUUUUCGUUUCAUUGAAGAUAAAUAUGAAGGGCUAGAAUUUAAAUAUUCAAUUUUAAACAAAGUCAACGAAAAAGAAGUCUACAACGUGUAUAAAGUCUACGAUGACCGGAUCGGUCAUAAACGUGUAGAGAUGGCACGUGUCGAGUUGACUGAGCAGUUUGGUGAUUCUGAUGAUGAUAAAUGGUUGACGAAAUUGGAAAUUGAAGACAAUAGGGAGAAAAGGAGACUCCACAAAAAGUUACAAAAAUAUAAGGGAGGAUAACUAUAAAAAAGGACCAAUGUAACAGCUAGUUUUCAACCAACAAAUAGUCAAAUGAAUAUGAAUAAUCGACCAAGGUAAAGCUGUUUGCAGAACAUAGUUGUAAGUGUCUACCGAUGCUAAAACUGGUGUUAUUGUGCCUAAAAUCUUUGAUAAAUUUAGCCUACCUACCACAUAAUACAAUUUUUGUAUUGAA